AAGCUAUAUUAUCUGUACCCCUCAAGUAAUAGCUUCUGUAGCCUUUAUUCUCCCAUCAGCUGCUGGUGCCCACCUUGUGCUUUCAUCAUGUCUCGUCCUCUCACUGACCAAGAGAAGCGCAAACAGAUCAGUGUGCGUGGAUUGGCUGGCGCAGAAAAUAUCUCUGACCUUAAGAAGAACUUUAACCGGCACCUCCACUUUACCCUGGUCAAGGACAGAAAUGUGGCUCUGCCCCGCGAUUAUUACUUUGCCCUUGCGCAUACAGUACGGGAUCACCUGGUAGGACGCUGGAUCCGAACUCAGCAGCAUUACUAUGAGCAUGAUCCCAAGAGGAUUUAUUAUCUCUCCCUUGAAUUCUAUAUGGGUCGGACACUACAGAAUACCAUGGUGAAUUUAGGUCUUGAAAAUGCUUGUGAUGAAGCAACAUACCAGCUUGGACUGGAUAUGGAAGAUUUAGAGGAGAUUGAAGAAGAUGCUGGAUUGGGAAAUGGAGGUCUUGGGAGAUUAGCAGCCUGUUUUCUGGACUCUAUGGCAACUCUUGGUCUUGCUGCAUACGGUUAUGGAAUUCGGUAUGAAUUUGGCAUCUUCAAUCAAAAGAUUUCCAAUGGCUGGCAGAUGGAAGAGGCAGAUGAUUGGCUUAGAUAUGGAAACCCCUGGGAGAAAGCUCGGCCUGAAUAUAUGAUCCCUGUACAUUUUUUUGGCAGGGUUCAACACACACCAAAUGGAGCUGAAUUGGUGGAUACACAGGUUGUCCUUGCACUCCCAUAUGAUACACCAGUUCCAGGAUACAAAAACAAUACCGUGAACACCAUGAGGCUUUGGUCAGCAAAAGCUCCCAAUGAGUUCAACUUGAAAGACUUUAAUGUGGGUGGUUACAUCCAAGCGGUUCUGGACCGUAAUCUUGCUGAAAACAUUUCUCGAGUUCUGUAUCCCAACGAUAAUUUCUUUGAGGGUAAGGAGCUAAGGCUGAAGCAGGAAUACUUUGUUGUUGCUGCUACCCUACAGGAUAUAAUCAGACGCUUCAAAUCCUCUAAGUUUGGUUGCAGAGAUGCAGUCCGUACAUCAUUUGAUGCAUUCCCUGACAAGGUGGCCAUACAGCUUAAUGAUACCCACCCAUCAAUGGCUAUUCCUGAACUCAUGAGAAUUUUUGUGGACAUUGAAAAAUUGGAUUGGGAUAAGGCCUGGGAUCUGACUGUCCGUACUUGUGCUUACACCAAUCACACAGUGUUACCAGAAGCUUUAGAGCGUUGGCCAGUGCAACUCCUACAGAAUUUGCUUCCAAGGCACUUGGAAAUCAUCUACGAAAUUAACCAAAGACAUCUCAAUCAUGUUUCAUCCAUGUUCCCUGGAGAUGUAGAUCGUAUGCGCAGGAUGUCUAUUGUUGAAGAGGGCUCAGUAAAGCGCAUUAAUAUGGCUCAUUUAUGUAUUGUGGGUUCACAUGCUGUUAAUGGAGUUGCUCAAAUUCACUCUGACAUUAUAAAGGAUACAGUUUUUCAUGAUUUCUACGAGAUGGACCCACACAAAUUUCAGAAUAAGACAAAUGGGAUCACACCCCGGCGCUGGCUAGUGCUGUGUAAUUCAGGUCUGGCAGAAAUUAUUGCAGAGCGUAUUGGUGAAGAUUACAUCACUAACUUGGACAAUCUUAGGAAACUCCUUAACUUCAUAAAUGAUGAAGGGUUUAUUCGGGAUGUGGCCAAAGUGAAACAGGAAAACAAGCUGAAGUUCUCAAGGUAUCUGGAGAGUCAAUACAAAGUGAAAAUUAAUCCAAACUCUAUGUUUGAUGUUCAUGUGAAGAGAAUUCACGAGUAUAAGAGGCAACUUUUAAACUGUCUUCAUGUGAUCACUCUAUACAAUCGUAUAAAGAAGGAUCCCAGCAAACAGUAUGUACCCAGAACAGUGAUGAUUGGAGGAAAGGCUGCUCCUGGGUAUCACAUGGCCAAGAUGAUAAUUAAACUGAUCACAUCAGUGGGCGAUAUAAUCAACAAUGACCCAGUCAUUGGAGACCGUCUCAAAUUCAUUUUCUUGGAAAACUACCGGGUGUCACUGGCAGAGAAAGUGGUUCCAGCGGCCGACCUAUCAGAGCAAAUAUCCACUGCUGGCACAGAGGCAUCUGGCACUGGCAAUAUGAAGUUUAUGUUGAAUGGUGCCCUUACAAUUGGUACCAUGGAUGGAGCAAAUGUGGAAAUGGCUGAAGAAGCUGGAGAAGAAAAUCUCUUCAUUUUUGGAAUGAGAGUACCUGAUGUGGAGCGUGUGGAUCGUGAAGGGUACAAUGCCCGGGCAUAUUAUGAGAGAAUCCCUGAGCUCAGACAGGUGAUCGAUCAACUUAAUACAGGAUACUUCUCCCCCAAACAACCUGACUUAUUCAAAGAUAUUGUCAAUAUGCUGAUGAACCAUGACAGGUUUAAAGUGUUUGCAGAUUAUGAAGAUUACAUCAAGUGUCAGGAGAAAGUUAGCGCUUUGUACCAGAACCCUAAAGAAUGGACUCGCAAAGUGAUACACAACAUUGCUGGCUCUGGGAAGUUCUCCAGUGACAGGACCAUUGCUCAGUACGCCCGAGAAAUAUGGGGAGUAGAACCUGGGACAAUGAAAAUCCCUCCACCUGAUGGCCAUUGUGAGUGACUCCUCUGUACUGCUCUGGUUGGUGCUCACCGGAACCAACCUCCCAUCCCACCCCCACGGCGCCGCUCCAGAAUGAAGCCACAUGCAGCAUCCAGUCGUCAUUCAUAUUGUUGCCCCUGUGACCAUCACCUGCUCUUCUCACCUCUAGCUGGAGCCCUACCAGUACCCCCACCAAGGAGGAAUCCUAAAAGCAAUCCAGUUUCAUUCCUUAAAACACCAGAACAUCUUUGUCUUUACCCCUUCAAAUUAAGCCCACACCCGCCACCACGUAGAAAAAGUUUUUCUUGUGCCUUCAGUCAUUCUAUUGGGUAAUCUAUACUGCUGAACAUACAUAGCCUUAUAGUAUCAGUCUCAACACCCAGUUGCAUCUUUGUAUUAUUUAUUUGGGUCUAUAUUCAUUAGGGAUGCACCGAAUCCAGGAUUUGGUUCAGGAUUCGGCCAGGAUUCGGCCUUUUUCAGCAGGAUUCAGAUUCGGCCGAAUCCUUCUGCCCGGCCGAACUGAAUCCGAAUCCUAAUUUGCAUAUGCCUUUUUGUCACAAAACAAGGAAGUAAAAUGUUUUUCCCCUUCCAACCCCUAAUUUGCAUAUGCAAAUUAGGAUUCGGUUCGGUAUUCGGCCGAAUCUUUUGCGAAGGAUUCGGGGAUUCGGCCGAAUCCAAAAUAGUGUAUUCGGUGCAUCCCUAAUAUUCAUGAAGUGACUGGAUAUUUGUCAUAUGACAAUGGGUCGUCACACUGAUAAAAUAUCAGAACUAUAUGUCAUUAUUUUGCCAUAGACGAUUCAUUAGCAAUUUUGACCUUUAAAUACUUUAUGUAAUGUGGUAUUUAAUAAAGUAAACUGGUGUCAGUGA